AUGUUGUUUGCUGUCCGAGCCUCAAUCUAUGAGCACGCUAAGCGCCUUCAGUGUACUCCUACUUACGGCGAGCGCCCGGCGCCUAUCUGCCAAUUGACAGAAGAGCACGUCGUAGGUCCUGCUGCCGUUGAUCUAGUCGGCAAGGCUCUGGGCGAUCUCGACAUGGUCAGUGUGGCAGCAGCUAGCCCCGCUAUUAAGAAUGCCGUCUUUACGUGCUGCCGUGCCGAAUGGCAGAUGCGAUUUACCUGCUCACUACCGCUCACGGCGAUCCUGCUGGCCAGACCAAAGACAUAUCUCACUUGUGGCGAUACAGAGCAGAGCUAUGAUCGCAUACCUGGCACAGAUUUGCGAUGCAUCGACCUCUUCCCUAUCCCAGAGUAUGCGAGCUCUCGAUCGUUCAGCAAUAGCACGAGGGCUAGCAUGGUGUUCAAUGUCUCGAGACUAGAGGGCAAAAACGUCCUGGUUACCGGCGCUUCUGCUGGUAUCGGCAGAGAGACAGCGAGACUGUUUGCAAAGGCAGGCGCUAAUGUCAUCCUUGCUUCUCGACGGAAGCCAGUGCUCGAGGAGUUGAAAGCGCUCAUCGAGAAAGAAAGUAGCGGCGUCAAGGUCGAAGCAGUCGAGCUCGACAUGACCAGCAAGGCGUCUGUUGGCAGCUUACUUGAUCGUGUCAAACUCAGACCGCUCGACAUACUCAUCAACAACGCCGGUGGCGUUCUGGGUACCGAGAAAGUUGGCGAGAUCAAGCAAGAGGAUAUCGAAUGGAUGAUCUCGACCAACGUCACUGGACUCAUACAGCUCACCCAAGCAGUCGUACUCGAGUUCAAGAAGAACAACUCAGGCCAUGUCAUCAACAUUGGCAGUGUUGCCGGUCGAGAGCCUUACGCCGGCGGUUCGAUAUACUGCGCGUCGAAACAUGCCGUUCGCGCUUUCACAGGCUCUCUGCUUCGAGAGCUCGUCGAGACGCCCAUCAGAGUCAGUGAGAUACAGCCUGGUCUUGUAGAGACCAAUUUUAGCGUACAUCGCUUCCGAGGCGACAAAGCGAAGGCGGAUGCUAUCUAUGCUGAUUUGGAUCCACUCACGCCAGAAGAUAUCGCUGAAGAGAUCGUAUGGGUCGCUGCGAGACCGCCGCAUGUCAACAUUGCAGAACUAUUUGUCAUGCCCGUCUCACAAGCCAGCGCCGGCAUCAAGUAUGCAGGCGGCAAGCGGUUCGCAAAGCCAUAGCGUAUCAUGCACUAACAAUGCAAUGUAUGAUGUCAUCGCUGCAUCCCGCUCACGACUCAUCGCGUGUGCGAACGAUGAUCUCCGGUGGUAUUGUUUUCGCUCGAAAGGCGCAGCCUGACUUGCCCACGGCUUCGAAUGUCGGCAA